CAACAUACACAUCCUCACCAAAAACCACCAAAGAAGUUGUAAUGACAUCCACCUCUUCUGUGACAGCAAACACAGGUGUUGAAACUACACAUGAAUUUGCCAGUACAAACACAGAGGCUGCCACAACAACUACUUCUGGUCUCACAUCAACGACAGUGGAUUCUGAAACAACAUCCACAGGGUCUGAAACAUCAUCCGCAUCUGCUGCCACAAGUAACACAGAGCAUGUCCAAACAUCAACAAAGUCUGUCACAGCGGCCAAUGUGGCUUCAACAUUAUCCCCACCUGAUGUGACAAAUCAUACAGAGAUGGACACAACAACAAGCGAGACUGCCACAACAACAAUACCGGCUGCAACAUCAACAACAUCUGCUUCCACAACCUCUGAAGAGGUUGCCACAACAAACGCAGAGUCUGCGCCAACUACCACACUGGCUUCCACAACAACCAAAGAGGUCGCAACAUCAACCACGUCUGGUGCCACAACUAACACAGAGGUUGCCACAAGAAACAUGGAGUCUGCCCCUACUACCACACUGGCUUCGACAGCUACCACGGCGUCUCCUGUAUCAAACACAGAUGUUGAACCUUCAUCCACAUCUGCAGGCAUUACAACAACAGAGUUUGCCACAACAAACACAAAGUCUGCCUCAACAUACACAUCCUCACCAAAAACCACCAAAGAAGUUGUAAUGACAUCCACCUCUUCUUUGACAGCAAACACAGGUGUUGAAACUACACAUGAAUCUGCCAGUACAAACACAGAGGCUUUGACAGCAUCUACUUUUGGUCCCACAUCAUCGACAAUAGUUUCUGAAACAACAUCCACAGGCUCUGAAACAUCAUUCACAUCUGCUGCCACAACUAACACAGAGCAUGUCCAAACAUCAACAAAGUCUGUCACAGCGGCCAAUGUGGCUUCAACAUUAUCCCCACCUGAUGUGACAAAUCAUACAGAGAUGGACACAACAACAAGCGAGACUGCCACAACAACAAUACCGGCUGCAACAUCAACAACAUCUGCUUCCACAACCUCUGAAGAGGUUGCCACAACAAACGCAGAGUCUGCGCCAACUACCACACUGGCUUCCACAACAACCAAAGAGGUCGCAACAUCAACCACAUCUGGUGCCACAACUAACACAGAGGUUGCCACAAGAAACAUGGAGUCUGUCCAAACUACCACACUGGCUACGACAGCUACCACAGCCUCUCCCAAAUCAAACACAGAUGCUGAACUUUCAUCCACAUCUGCAGGCAGUACAACAACAGAGUUUGCCACAACAAACACAAAGUCUGCCUCAACAUACACAUCCUCACCAAAAACCACCAAAGAAGUUGUAAUGACAUCCACCUCUUCUUUGACAGCAAACACAGGUGUUGAAACUACACAUGAAUCUGCCAGUACAAACACAGAGGCUUUGACAGCAUCUACUUUUGGUCCCACAUCAUCGACAAUAGUUUCUGAAACAACAUCCACAGGCUCUGAAACAUCAUUCACAUCUGCUGCCACAUCUAGUACAGAGCUUUUAUCAACAACCACAGCCAAUGUAGCUGCUACAUUAUCCACAUUUGCUUCGACAAAUAAUUCAGAUGUUGCCACAACAAAAACAAGGGCUGCACCAUCAACCAAAUCUGUUUCCAGUUCUUCUGAAGAGGUUGCAACAAUAAACCCCAAGUCUGGCCCAACUUCCACUUUUGUACUGACAACAACCACAGCCUCCCCAAAAAUAACCACAGAACCUCCUACAUCACACACAUCUGCUUCCACAACUAACAAAGAGGUUUUAACAAUGAACACAGAGUCCACCACAUUGACCAUAGAGGCUUCCACAAGAACCAUAUCCUCACCAGAAACAACCAGACAGACUGAAACUUCAUCCACAUUUGCUGCCACAACUAUUUCACAGUUUGCCCCAACAAUCACAGAAGUUUGCCCCAAGAAACAUGGAGUCUGCCCCAACUACCACACUGGCAUCGACAACAACAUCAGCCUCCCUUAA